AUGGGUGGGUCAUAUAUGGUCUAUAGGGGCAUAAAGAUGUGGGAGGAGUACGAUUCGACCCUGGAGUUGAUGAAAGAACAUAGAUACAGCGAACUCAAGCUCUUGAGCUUAGACGUGGAAAACCUCCAACGGGCCUUGGGUGAGGCAGACACAAGGAAUGCUCCGGAGGCACACAUGACCAUUCAACGGUUCGCCACGACCCUCCAAUGGGCUAGGAGACGAGAAGAAGCAGCAGCCGCAGGUGAAGAGCAGGCUAGAAAUCUGUUUGACCGGGCAUCCGAGCUUCAGGAGCGGUACAAGACGCUGCAUGUCUUGGCCUUGGUCAACCGCGGGAUAAUCUUCGUCAUAUUGGCUGUUCCAGGCUCCCUGUCGAUUUGGUUCAUCGAGAGCACUAUCGAGAAGAACCAAAUAGAUAUGGAUGACAAUCUUGGUUCCAGCAAUGGGCAGUUACUCGCCCUCUUGGUCGCCGUACUUACGGCUGUAAACUUCGUAUGGGAAGUCUGCAAGUCAAAGUUGGAGGAGCGAAAGGCAAGGAAGGACACAAGAAAGAUGGUGGAUAAAAUUCUCGACGAUGCUGGCAGUCUUCAGCUCCAUGCUGGUCGGCAAAAAGAGAUCUGGAAAGACAUUGCGGAUAAGGCGUCGAGCGCUUGGCGACGUUGUUUAUCCACAGUGGCCCCUACGGAGGCACGUAGAGGCAGAAGCGUCUUGGGCUUUAAAUUCAGCACUUGGCCUAGGGCCCGAGGUGGUGAUAGUGAAGUUUGA